AUGACUGGGAGACAGUACACAGUUACAGAGAUCGGUGUAGAAGAGGAUCGGGUCAACGUGAGCAUUCGCUUCAACGGAUACAUUUUCUCAAUCGGACUGUCACCCGAUUGUUUUGUCAACUCACCAGUCGCCCUGGAUCGAUUUCGCAGAUUCCUCAGAGGCUUGACAGCCAGCAUCCGUACGGAUAGCCAAGCGCAAGAGGAAAACGACUAUUGUGACGAUGCCGCCAAUGUCUUUCGGCCUGACUUUGAGAGACUGGCGCCGCCAAAGGUCCACACUGGGAAGGUGACCCUCGCAGACAUCGCCGCGCGCGGUCACUUCAAAUGCGACUAUCAGGUCAUUGACGAAAAGGACGUGCCAGGCGCCGUCACGGCGCGAGAGAACGACUGGCCAGGCGGAAGGGAGGGCUUCGACAUACGCGAGUUCCGAUCUCUUUUCCCGCUGUUUGACCCUGCAGAAGUCGAAGUCGAGUUGCCAGGCAGUGGAAUGGACGACAUCCACAACAUUAUUCCGCAGAAGAUAUUCGUGGACGGCAAGGCUGGCUUCUACAAAAAAUGCGACCGACCAUACGCGUGUAGGGAAGAAGUCGAGAAGUACUACGCCAUUCAGGCGUCGGGCCUGUCGACUCAGCAGCUCCGCACCUCGCGGCUCUUUGGCAUCGUCGCGGAUAAGAAUGGACGAAUGUCGGGGCUGUUGUACGACUUGAUCCAGACCAAGGCCGAAGGCGUCCAAGGAACGCUUGAUGCUGCUGCAACGCCGGCCACCCCAAUGCCCUUGAGGGAGAAGUGGGCGUCGCAGAUCCGCAAUACGGUCACCGACCUCCACGACCUAGGUGUCGCUUGGGGCGACGUAAAGGCAGAUAACGUCCUCAUUGAUGCUGAUGACAACGCCGUUGUCAUCGACUUGGAAGGUGGCUCGACGGACAAGUGGGUUGAUCGUUCGAUGGGAGGUACGGUUGCGGGCGACUUGCAGGGCCUGGAGAAGCUGGUCGACUUCAUUUUGAACGACAAUUCCCCCUUACGACGCGUUACUGGUCGUGAAGAAGAGGAACAUGAUGGCCGAGAGCAUUUGGUUCUGAGCCAAGGAGUUCCGAUCUCAUAG